AUGUUUCUACGGUUGUUUCGAAAGUAUUCUACCGCCAAGCUCGCACAAGAUCUCCGUCUGUACGAUGGACGGCUUAAAGAAAAGGUUCCUUUACAAAUUCACCAAAGCAAACCAUACAUUUCUUUCUACACCUGCGGACCUACGGUAUACGAUUCAGCACACAUUGGACACGCCAGCUGCUACGUACGGCUAGACAUUCUGCAACGCAUUUUGCGCCAUCAUUUCCAGCUCCCGUUGGUUACUGCGAUGAAUAUCACGGAUAUCGAUGAUAAAAUCAUUGUGCGAGCGCAGGAACAACAAAUCAACUGGGAACAGCUGGCCCGCCAGUAUGAAGAUGAGUUUUGGAGUGAUUUGAAAAGGCUAAACGUCCGAUUACCGGAUGUGAAAUUACGUGUAACUGACCAUAUACCUGCAAUUAUACGCUUUGUGCAAACGCUUGUCGAGAAAGGGUUUGCUUACACCACAAUUGAUGGGUCGGUUUACUUUGAAACCAGCAAGUACGAACGAUAUGGGAAGCUGCAGAAAGUCGUCAUAGAACCGGCAAAUGAAUCAAACAAAGGCUACAAGAGGCAUCCGUCCGAUUUUGCCCUCUGGAAGGCAUCUAAAGCUGGUGAACCUUACUGGGUGGCUUCUGGUUUCGGUGACGGUCGACCCGGUUGGCAUAUCGAAUGCUCUACGCUGGCCAGCCAUCUCUUUGGCAAUAAGCUCGACUUUCAUGCCGGUGGGCUUGAUCUGCGUUUUCCGCACCAUGAAAAUGAAGAAACACAAAGCUGCUGUUAUCACAACGUACCGGACUGGGUGACGCACUGGCUACACACUGGUCAGCUACAUCACGAAGGACAAACGCACAAAAUGUCCAAAUCACUGAAAAACACGGUCAGCAUUAACGAACUACUAAAAGACUACAGUGCAGACGAGUUCCGUAUGCUCUGCCUUUUGUCACACUAUCGAAACGUAAUCGAAUACGGCCCGGAAGCAAUGGUUACUGCGCGCAACGUGUUACAGAAAUUCAAAAGUUUCUUCAGUGACAGCAAGGCUUACGUCGAUGGUCUUAAACCGGCAACGUACGAUGCAGCUAGUACGGACAGCUUGCUCGCAAAGCUCUCCGAAACUCGAUCAUCUGUGGUGCAGUUUUUAAACAAUGAUUUCAAUACUGCAAAUCCAGUCUUGGCUCUGGGGGAACUUGCUUCAAGCGUGCAAAGAUUAAUCAACAGUCCACAACAAAGUGCAUCUCACUCGUCAUUGAUAGGUUCUACCAACGUGGGAGCUGUGCUUGCCGCGACGGAAUACAUUCGUGAAGAACUACUUUCUUACGGGUUGGAAUCCAUGGGCAAACAAUCCACCCAGUACAUUCAAAGCACUAGCGAGACAGAACAAUCGCUUGAAAAGCUAAUCGAAACAAUUGUGAGCACCAGAAGCGAAAUCCGGCUGCAAGCAGUAGCAACCAAAGAUGCUCAGCUUUUCAAAGUGUGCGAUUUGCUACGCGAUCGCAUGUCGGUGGCGAAUGUCGAGUUGAAAGAUCACGGUAAAACCUCAUCGUGGAGUUUCCGAGGAAGGAGUACAAAAUAA